GCGGGCGCAUUCCAAAGAAGGUGGAGGCGGGCGGGCGGGCGGGCGGGCGUUCCGUUCGUUCUGUUCCGUUGCCAGGGCCGCGCUGUUGCUAGGGCCAGGGCAAACCGCGGCGGCGGCGGCGGCGGCGACUCCCGCUGCCUUCCCGGUCUGCCGGGCCCGGUGUCCGGCUGGGCUGGGCUUCCCCCAGGCCGAGGCCAUGGUGAAGCUGGCUGCCAAGUGCCUCCUGGCAGGUGAUCCAGCUGUGGGGAAGAGUGCUUUAGCCCAGAUGUUCUGUAAUGAUGGGGCCCAUUUUCAGAAAAAUUACACACUGACAACGGGCACAGAACUGUUGGUGAAGGCCGUAUCGGUUCCAGAGACAAGUGAUAAUGUGGAACUCUUCAUUUUUGACUCUGCAGGUAAAGAUUUAUUUUCUGAGAUGCUGGAGAAACUGUGGGAGCAACCCAACGUCCUGUGCCUUGUGUACGAUGUCACUAAUGAGCAAUCUUUCAAGAACUGUGCCAAGUGGCUGGAGAAGCUGAGGGCUCAGGGAGCUGGGAUGCAUCUUCCAGGUGUCUUAGUGGGGAAUAAAACAGACCUGGUUGGUCGUCGAGUUGUGGAGCAGAAACAAGCACAGGAGUGGGCUGAGAAACACGGCCUGGAAUACUGCGAGAUGUCAGUGAAGGAGAUGAAAAACUUUGAGGUCCCUUUCCGCAUCCUGGCAAAGUCAUUCCACCAACUGUACAGAGAGAAGGUGGAAUCUUUUCACUCACUAGUUUGAGGAAUGUGACUAGGAUGACAUAUUUAGCCCUUGAGCUUCUUCUAGUGCCCAGGCUGGAAUACAGAGAGAAGAUAAAAUAUGAGAUUUUUGUUUUUUCAUGGUCAUCUUCUGGUAUUUCAAAAUAAACUGGAAAUAAGCAUAUGGAAAGACAGUCUUCUACAGUUGCUACCUCAGCAUUCCUUUCAUGUCCCCUGAGUUGGUUGUCUGCUCCCUGAAAGUCUGCUUGGUUGGAGGAGGCAGGGAGAAAAAGAGGGAGAGCAGAAUGGAAAUUGCUAGCUUUUUGCUUUGAUAUUGCCUUGUCUCUUGUCUGAACAGACUUCCUGCUGCUGCAUAGAAGGAUUUGGAAGUUUUGAGGAGAGAGGAAGCUGACAGGAUAUUUUUCAACUUAAGCAACCUAGCCCCAGUGCAUAUGUUGCAGGGCAGGAUUGCUCACACCCUGCCACUUGAAAAGCACUUUCAGUAGGAGACCUGUGCUCCAAAAUUGACACAUGGAAACUGAGAUGUGUGGGGACCAACCUGGAUUUAGGCGUGCUUCUGGGAGUGCCCAGAGCUUGAGGCCUGUUUUAAUGGUGUUAUUUGUAUCAGUUGUAGGACUGUUACACUGAUGACUAAUAACUGUCUGACUUCUAGAAUUGGUUCUUUUCUCCAGCGUGGCUCACUUCCUCUGCCUGGUAGAAGCUGUCUGUCUUGCAUCUGCACUGCUGUCACUUGGUAACGCAGUGCCCUCUGCUGGUCCCAGGUCACAUGCUUUCUCAAGAAGCUACCCUCUGUUGAAGCAAGCAGGACUCCCAUCCAGUCAUGCCCAAAUUGCCUUAUCUGCAAAAUGAAGUCAUAGUAAGAAGACCUCUUUUAUUCUAGAGACAAGUCCAGCACUUUAAAACAAACUAUCUUUUCUUUUUUCCCUGCAUUUGUUAUGUGUUUUUGUAUCACUUUUUUUUUUUUUUUUUUUUGCAAGGGGUCAACUGAACUUGGCAAUGCCUUAUUCUCACUAGGGUCAGUUCACAGUCCCUCACUAGAAUCAGAGUCGUCUUUGUUGUUAAACUGUCCCUGCCUAUCCUUCUGACAUCACUAGUGGAAAUAGGAUUCAGGAAGCAAAAGACAACCUGGCUAAGUUAUUCUGAAUCAGGGAAGGGGGUAUGUCUGGCUGGAAGUUUGGUGUCAGACAGGGUAAAAGCUCAGAAAGAACUUCUCUUUUUUGUGGAGUACUGAUGUUGCAUGUGUAAUGAUUUGUUUGCUAAUACAGUAUGUGAAAACAGCCGUGGUACUGUAUUGCAGCUGGGCCUGAGGAGUUCAAGACUGUAACCUUUCUCUUCUCCCAAUAUUGUUAACCUCCCUUGGGCAAGGGAAGAUGAAAUUUGUGGAGAGUAAUCACUGAGUGAUUUUUUUCAGGCAGGCUUUUCAGGCAGGCUUUUCAGGAAUCUGUGUUUCAAAACUUAUAUGUAUAUUUUAUAACCAUUUUUUAUAUCCAUUGCUAGGACAAGCACUUCGGACUGAACAUAAGAAAUGUCGCUUGCAGAUGUUGUAGCAGAGUUUAUGAAGUACUUUAAAAAUUUGGAAAAGCAGCUGGGCUUAUUUCACUGGCAGCAGUAUGUUGAUGCUGGGAAUCAGCUAAGGAGCAUGAAUCCCAACAAAAGGGGUUGAAUAGAUGCUAGGCCCAUGAGAAAAGGAAUGUGUCCUUUUGCAGGAAGCCAUCUGAAUAAAUGACAGAACACGCAGGGAAAGCUCUUACAUGCUCCAAAAAAGGGAGGACUCCUCCAUUGGCUAAGGGUAACUAGAAAACUCACUCUUUUUUGACUUGGAUUAGCAUUACUGUGUGGGGUUUUUUUGUUGUUUUUUUUUUUUUUUUAAUCUUACAUGGGUUGCAUUGUUAAUCUUGGGAGUGUCUGCUUAUUUAUAUGGGCUGAGUGUAGACUUGCCUGAAGAUGCUAGCCACUUCUGACUAAUAAGAAUAAGAGUUAUUUUGGGUACUGUGCUAAUCUAGUUAAAGAACUUCUCUGCUAAAGUUUUGUUUUGAUUUGGCAGCUCUUUUUCCCCCAAAUUCCACUCAUGAUAUGAUUACAACAUGAGAAUGAUAUUUUUUCAUAUUGAAAAUAGCAUGUCAGGUGUGUCUGCCAUCUGUGACAUGGUGUAUGGGGAAUAUGAAUGGCUGGGGAAUGGGUGAUAAAGUGAAUCCUGUGUGAUCUUUAACUGGGGAGUUCAGUCUCCCUGCACCAGAAGGACCUCCCAUAACUUUGAAUAAGCUGUCUCAACCCAUCAGUAAGAUGAAGGUGGGUGAACAUUGUUUAUUAAAUGAAUGCAAAAGCUGGAGGAUCUCAUUAAUGGAAUGCUUGCAGUGGUGAUUUGUGAUUUAUAGGGAAGCUGCUUUUGAGAGGUUAGUGAAGAAAAAUGCAGCCCAUGCAGGGAAAGAUAUAUUGCCUGAGAGAGGAAAUGUAUUAUCUAAUUAGCUAGCAGUAGGGAUUCACCCACUGCCCCUUUCCUUCUUUCCCCAGGCCAUUACUAGAAUUACAAAAGAGGUUGUGUCUAAAGCAUGUUGGCAAACUUGCUUUUUUCAUGACUAUUUCAAGCACUAAUGUAGACGUAAUUUAAUGUCUUUCAAAAUAGUAUGUAUGUCUGACCAUAGCCAUCUCAGUCCUUCCCAAUGCAUUUAAAAGGCAUAAUAUAUUGUCCUUCCUGGCUAAUGUGUUGUAUAAUACCAAUAUGGUGCAAGUGCUGUUUGUUGCUGUUUUCCUAGUCUAUGUGUGACCUUGGUUGUAGAUGCUGGUGGUGAUGAGUGGGUGGGGACUAUGGGAGCCAGGUAGGGGUAGGCUGUGGAAAAUAGUUUUGUGUCCGUGUGAAGGACCUUGGGGUAGUGGGUAGGUGAGCUGGACAAGCGGGAUGAGUAAGAGUCUGAAGCAUCAUUAAAUUCCUUUCACUAUAUCUACUAAUUGUUGUCGUUGCAUCUAUAAGGUGAGGAUGCUUGUUUGCUGCUUAUAGCCAUUAAAUCUGUCUGACUUAUGGAGAACAGUGUGAGGAAGGCAGAAAGCUGAGCAGGAAGCUUGUUGUCUUUUUAUAGCUCUUCUGCUUUGUCCAGCUGUGCAGUGCUGCAGAUACCCAGCGUGGAUGUUUACAACCUCGAAGAGCCCCAGCCCAACCAGAACAACUGAAACUUUACAAGGAAGGAGAGGAAACAAACAGGCCUUUAACUGUCUUUCAGAGAUGCAUAGUCCUUCAGUCUUUUCUUUCCUGCCUGCUUGUAUGAUUGGCAAGAAUGAGCUUUCCUCCUCAGAGCCUCUCCUUCUUAUCUGCCUUUGGACCUCAUGAUUCUGCUCCACAGAAUCCCUGAUCCCUGCCCUGCUUUACUUAGCUUGAUAUAUCAGAAGCUGGGUUUUCUUUUUGUUUUGAUUUGUUUUUCGUUAAGUUUUUUAGAUCCUUCUAAUUUCUCCGCUAACGACUCUUAAGGCUACAAGACAUUUCUUCUUAGGGAGAUUAAUAAAAGAAAACAAAAGUGGAAUUUUUAGUCAAAUUGUUUUGGAAGAAUGAACUUUAAAAAGGUGUCUGACUUUCUGAAAUUUUAUUGGAAACUCAUUUUUGUAAAGCUGUAAUAUUAAAGAUGCUUUAAUGAUUUUUAUUCUGUCUUGUCAAGCCUGCUAGAUACAUUCUACUUUGGCGUGAAAUGCAGGAUGUAGAAUUUGAGAAACAUCAGGUUUUGCUCUAGGAGUUAAUAAGAGUUUCAAAGUCGAUCUUACUGUGAUAAGAUCUCUUCAAUCUUAACAAUGGAGUGAUCACUGCUGUUCAUAAUAAAGCAUUAAAUAUACCGAAA